CGUCCAGCGAGCCGCCAUGGGGCUGAGCCUUGCCAGUCUCCUGGCAGUCUGGCUGGCUCUGUGCUCAGUGGGGACAGCGGACCUUCAGAAAGGCAGGAGCCUCAACCACGGCCAUGACGUCUGCAGCACUUGGGGCAACAAUCACUACAAGACCUUCGACGGGGACGUCUAUCAGUUCCCCGGCCUCUGUGACUACAACUUCGCCUCGGACUGCCGCGACACGUACAAGGAGUUUGCCGUCCACGUCCAGAGGGGCCUGAGCCGGGCUGGCCACCCCCAGAUCACCUACGUCCUGGUCACAAUCAAGGAUGUCACCAUCUACCUCACCCAUCAGCUGGUGGUCGUGAAUGGGGCCAUAGUCCGGGUGCCCUACUACAGCUCUGGGCUCCUCAUCGAGAAGAACGACGUCUACACCAAGAUUUACGCCCGAACGGGCUUUGCCCUCAUGUGGAACCUCCAGGAUUCCCUCAUGCUGGAGCUGGAUGGCAAGUUCCGCAAUCACACCUGUGGACUCUGCGGGGACUACAAUGGCCAGCGGACGUACUCCGAGUUCAGCGACCAGGGAAUUACCUUCAGCCCCAUUGAAUUUGGGAACAUGCAGAAGAUUAACAAGCCAGAUGUUGUGUGUGAGGACCCAGAAGAGAAGGCCCCCAAAUCCUGCUCAGAACAUCGAGCCCGGUGUGAGGAGAUCCUGAUGUCAGCAGCCUUUGAGGACUGCCAGGCUAAGGUGCCGGUGGAGAUGUACAUCCAGGCCUGCAUGCAGGACCUGUGUCAGUGUGAGAAGGACUCCUCCUUCUGCCUCUGCAGCACCAUCUCAGAGUUUUCCCGGCAGUGCUCACACGCCGGAGGCCGGCCUCGGUCCUGGAGGACUGAUGCAUUCUGCCCUAAGACCUGUCCUGGUAACAUGGUCUACCUGGAGAGUGGCUCCCCCUGCAUGGACACCUGCUCCCACCUGGAGGUUAGCAACCUCUGUGAAGAACACUACAUGGAUGGCUGCUUCUGCCCUGAAGGCACUGUGUAUGAUGACAUCACGGGCAAAGGCUGUAUCCAGGUGAGCCAGUGCAGCUGCAAACUACAUGGACAUCUCUAUGCUCCCGGGAAGCAGAUCACUGGCAACUGUGAGGAAUGUGUCUGUAAUGCUGGCCGGUGGGUGUGCAAAGACCUGCCCUGUCCUGGCAUGUGUGCCUUGGAAGGUGGAUCCCACAUCACCACUUUUGAUGGGAAGAAAUAUACUUUUCAUGGAGACUGCUACUACAUUCUGGCCAAGGGUGACAGCAAUGACUCCUAUGCUCUCCUGGGAGAGCUGGCCCCUUGUGGCUCCACAGAGAAGCAGACCUGCUUGAAGACGGUUGUGCUGCUGACUGACAAGAAGAAAAAUAUUGUGGCAUUCAAGUCUGAUGGCAGCGUGCUGCUGAAUGAGUUGGAAGUCCACCUGCCACACGUGACUGCGAGCUUCUCCAUCUUCCAGCCCUCCUCCUAUCACCUCAUCGUGCACACAGCCUACGGCCUGAAGAUGCAGAUCCAGCUGGUGCCCGUCAUGCAGCUGUUCAUGACCAUGGACCAGGCUUUCCAGGGCAAAGUUCAAGGUCUCUGUGGAAACUUCAAUGGAAUGGAAAGCGAUGACUUCAAGACGGCGGGAGGUCUCAUCGAAGCCACUGGCUCUGGCUUUGCUAACACCUGGAAGGCCCAGUCCAGCUGCCACGACAAACUCGACUGGCUCGAUGACCCCUGCUCUCUCAGCAUUGAAAACGCCAAUUAUGCGGAGCACUGGUGCUCGCUGCUGAAGAAGACAGAAACUCCCUUUGCCAAGUGUCACUCAGUCGUGGAUCCCGUGGAAUAUUACAAGAGAUGCAAAUAUGACACCUGCAACUGUCAGAACAACGAGGACUGCCUGUGUGCUGCUCUCUCCUCCUAUGCCAGAGCCUGCUCUGCCAAAGGGGUCAUGCUGUGGGGCUGGCGGGAGCGAGUCUGUAACAAGGACAUCACAUCCUGCCCCAACUCGCAGAUUUUCCUGUACAACCUGACCACCUGCCAGCAGACCUGCCGCUCGCUCUCGGAGGCUGACAAGCACUGCCUCAGAGGCUUCGCCCCCGUGGAUGGCUGCGGCUGUCCCGACCACACCUACAUGGACGAGAAGGGGCGCUGUGUGCCCCUGUCGAAAUGCUCCUGCUACCACCGAGGCUUGUACCUGGAAGCGGGGGAAGUGGUCCUGAAGCAGGAUGAGCGCUGUGUUUGUCGCAAUGGGAGGCUGCACUGCAUUCAAGUGAAGCUUAUUGGUCAGAGCUGUGUUGCCCCCAAGAUCCACGUAGACUGUGACAACCUGACGGCCUUGACCAUGCAGAAACCCCACCCCAUCAGCUGCCAGAGCCUGGCCAGUGGCUACUACCAGACUGAAUGUGUCAGCGGCUGCGUGUGCCCCCCUGGGCUGAUAGACGAUGGCCAGGGUGGCUGCGUCACGGAGGAGGAGUGCCCCUGUGUCCACAACAAAGAGCUCUAUUCACCUGGACAGAAGAUCACUGUGGACUGUAACACAUGCACAUGCCGCAGAGGGAGCUGGGCGUGCACCAAGUCCAAGUGCCACGGCACGUGCUCAAUCUACGGGAGCGGCCAUUACAUCACCUUUGAUGGGAAAUACUAUGACUUCGAUGGACACUGCUCCUAUGUGGCAGCCCAGGAUUACUGUGGCCAGAAAAACUCUCAGGGGUCCUUCAGCAUCAUCACAGAAAACGUGCCCUGCGGGACCACGGGGGUGACCUGCUCCAAAGCCAUCAAGAUCUUCCUGGGAAGAACCGAGCUCAAGCUGGAGGAGAAGCACCGCUGGGUGAUUCACCGCGACGUGGGCGAGCACGUCUCCUACACCACGCGGGAGGUGGGUCAGUACCUGGUCAUCGAGGCCAGCAACGGCAUCAUCGUCAUCUGGGACAAGAGGACGACCAUCUUCAUCAAGCUCGCGCCGACAUUCAAGGGCACCGUGUGCGGGCUGUGUGGCAACUUCGAUGACCGUUCCAGCAAUGACUUCACCACGAGGGAUCACAUGAUUGUCACCAGCCCUCUGGACUUUGGGAACAGCUGGAAGGAAGCCCACACCUGCCCAGAUGUGGAUAAGACCUAUGAACCAUGUGCCGUGAACCCCCACCGCCAGUCCUGGGCAGAGAAACAGUGCAGCAUUCUGAAGAGCCAAGUGUUCAGCGUCUGUCACAGCAAGGUGGACCCCACUCCUUUCUACGACGCCUGCGUCCAUGACUCCUGUUCCUGUGACACGGGAGGGGACUGUGAAUGCUUCUGUUCCGCCGUGGCCUCCUACGCCCAGGAGUGCACCAAGGAAGGGGCUUGUGUCUUUUGGAGGACCCCCGACCUGUGCCCGAUAUUCUGUGACUACUACAACCCUCCCGACGAGUGUGAAUGGCACUACGAGCCCUGCGGGAACCGGAGCUUUGAGACCUGCCGCACCAUCAACAACAUCCAUUCCAACAUCUCGGUGUCCUACCUGGAAGGCUGCUAUCCCAGAUGCCCUCCAGAAAAGCCCAUCUUUGAUGAAGACAAGAAAAAGUGUGUGCCAGCUGACCAGUGCGGCUGCUACGUGAAUGAUGACCGCUAUGAAGUCGGGGAGAAGAUCCCCACAGAUGACGUUUGCCUGUCUUGUACUUGCGAAUCAUCUUCCAACGUCUCCUGUAAGGAGGAGAUAGGCCUGAUAAUUAACCAGACUCAGAAUGGGUCCUUCUGCAUCUGGGAGCUGUGUGGUCCCAAUGGCACCGUGACCCAAUAUUUCAACAUCUGUAAUACGAGCACAACUCCCGCAACCACAGUGAUCAUGUCAACCACGUCUCUGACGACCAGCUCUCCCACCACCACUCUGCCCACCACCACCUCCACCACCAUCACCAGCACCAGGAUAGAAAUAUGCUGUUUUUGGUCUGAUUGGAUUAAUGAGGAUAAUCCCACUACUGGCACUAAUGGUGGUGACUGGGAAAGAUUUGAUGGGGUAUGUAGUGCCCCUGAAAACAUCGAGUGCAGGUCAGCUGAGGAACCCCAUCUCAGCUGGGAUCAGCUUGGCCAGAACAUGCAGUGUGAUACGUCUUCUGGACUCAUCUGUAGAAAUGAAGAUCAGUUUGGAAAUGGACCAUUUGGCCUCUGUUAUGACUAUGAAAUCCGGGUCAAUUGCUGUCUACCCAUGGACCAAUGCCCACCAAGCACCACGACACCGUCACGUCCAACAACCACAGUGACAACCACCACUCCAACCACCACGACCACCACUGAGACUCCCACUCCACCAAUUAUAAUCACCUCCACCAUCAAGGUCCCCACUACCACUGAGGUCCCCACCACCACUGAAACCACCAUCACCAUCACCCAGGUCCCCACCACCACCAAGACUCCUACUACCCCCACCACCACUGAGGCCCCCCCCACUCCAACCACGACCACCAUCACAGAGACUCCAACCCCAACACCCUGUGAGCCUGUCUGUAACUGGACUGAUUGGAUUGAUUCAGGAAAGCCAAACUUCAACAAACCAGGUGGUGACUUCGAACCAGUUAAAGAUAUUUGCCAGGAUGAAAGCUGGGUAACCAACAUCACAUGCAGAGCCAGCAUGUAUCCAGACAAGUCACUGGAAGAACUGGGACAAGUUGUAGUGUGUGAUGUUUCAGAGGGACUGGUGUGUAAAAAUGAAGAUCAGAAGCCAGGAGGAAUGAUCCCUAUGCCUUUCUGUCUCAAUUACGAAAUCAAGGUUUAUUGCUGUGAGCCUUCGGUCCACUGUACCACAACGGUGUCCACAACUGGCACAACAACCACCCCAGAGACACCCACGCCCACGAUUGAGACUGCAACUCCAACACCUUCAGCCACCACCCCCCCAGAGACUCCACCACCUUCUACUACCACUACCACCACCACCAUCACCACAGAGACCCCAACACCUACGCCUACAACCAUCACCACAGAGACCCCAACACCUACAUCUACGACCACCACCACAGAGACUCCUACUCCAACACCUUUACCCACUACCACUUCUUCCCCAGAGACUCCACCACCUUCUACCACCACCACCACCGAGACUCCAACACCAACACCUUCUCCAACUACCACAAUAACAGAAACUCCAACACCUACACCUAUGACCACUACCACAGAGACUCCCACUUCAACACCAAAAAUUACCACCCACACCCCAGAGACCCCAACACCCCCUAUAAUCAGUACCACCACAACCACAGAAACUCCAACAUCUACACCUACAACCACCACCACAGAGACUCCCACUUCAACACCAAAAUUUACCACCUACACCCCAGAGACCCCAACACCCCCUAUAAUCAGUACCACCACAACCACAGAAACUCCAACAUCUACACCUACAACCACCACCACAGAGACUCCUACUCCAACACCUUUACCCACUACCACUUCUUCCCCAGAGACUCCACCACCUUCUACCACCACCACCAAGACUCCAACACCAACACCUUCUCCAACUACCACAAUAACAGAAACUCCAACACCUACACCUAUGACCACUACCACAGAGACUCCCACUUCAACACCAAAAAUUACCACCCACACCCCAGAGACCCCAACACCCCCUAUAAUCAGUACCACCACAACCACAGAAACUCCAACAUCUACACCUACAACCACCACCACAGAGACUCCCACUUCAACACCAAAAAUUACCACCCACACCCCAGAGACCCCAACACCCCCUAUAAUCAGUACCACCACAACCACAGAAACUCCAACAUCUACACCUACAACCACCACCACAGAGACUCCUACUCCAACACCUUUACCCACUACCACUUCUCCAGAGACUCCACCACCUUCUACCACCACCACCACCGAGACUCCAACACCAACACCUUCACCAACUACCACAACAACUGAAACUCCACCACCUUCUACCACCACCACCAUCACUACCACCACUACCAUUGAGACUCCAACAUCUACACCUAUAACAACCACCACAGAGAAUCCCACUCCAACAAUUAUACUCACUUCCACCACCAAGACUCCCACCACCACCACCACUACUGAGACCCCUCCCACUCCAACCACGACCACCAUCACAGAGACUCCAACCCCAACACCCUGUGAGCCUGUCUGUAACUGGACUGAUUGGAUUGAUUCAGGAAAGCCAAACUUCAACAAACCAGGUGGUGACUUCGAACCAGUUAAAGAUAUUUGCCAGGAUGAAGGCUGGGUAACCAACAUCACAUGCAGAGCCAGCAUGUAUCCAGACAAGUCACUGGAAGAACUGGGACAAGUUGUAGUGUGUGAUGUUUCAGAGGGACUGGUGUGUAAAAAUGAAGAUCAAAAGCCAGGAGGAAUAAUCCCUAUGCCUUUCUGUCUCAAUUACGAAAUCAAGGUUUAUUGCUGUGAGCCUUCGGUCCACUGUACCACAACGGUGUCCACAACUGGCACAACAACCACCCCAGAGACACCCACGCCCACGAUUGAGACUGCAACUCCAACACCUUCAGCCACCCCUCCCCCAGAGACUCCACCACCUUCUACCACCACCACCACCACCACCACCACCACCACCACCGAGACUCCAACACCAACACCUUCACCAACUACCACCACAACUGAAACUCCAAUACCUACACCUACAACUACCACCACUGAGAUCCCAACACCUACACCUACCACUACCACCACAGAGACUCCUACUCCAACACCUUUACCCACUACCACUUCUUCUCCAGAGACUCCACCACCUUCUACCACCACCACCACCGAGACUCCAACACCAACACCUUCACCAACUACCACAACAACCAAAACUCCAACAUCUACACCUACAACCACCACGACUGAAACGCCAACACCUACACCUACCACCCCAAAGACCCCACCACCCUCCUCCCCCACCACCACCACCUCCACAACUACCACCCCUCCUCCAGAGAUCCCACCAUCCUCCUCCCCUACCACCACCACCAUCACAGAGAUACCCACUGCUACACCAACUACAACUACCCCAAAGACUCCAACUCCAACUACACCAUCCACAACUUCAGUAGGGACUCCAACACCUCCCACAACUACAACAGAGACUCCAACUCCAACAAGAACAACUACUACAGUCCGUACCACCCCCACCCCCACCCCCACCACUGGGCUCUCCACCAACUCUACCUCCAGCCCGCUCACAUCUCCCUCCUGGAGCAUCAGUACCAGCACCGGCAUGUCAACGGCCACCCAGAUAAGCUGCUGUAUCUUGAAUGACACCUAUUAUGGACCAGGUGACGUAGUGUACAAUAGCACACAUGGAGACUACUGCUAUCUUGUCAACUGCUCCCUGGACUGCAAGUUUGAAAUCUUCAACUGGUCCUGCCCUUCAACACCUCAGCCCACACAGAGCCCCAGGCCAACCUCCCCAGCAACCCCAUCGAAGCCAACCCCAUCGGAGCCGACCCCACCUAAGACAACACCCUCUCCAGGCUGCCCCGACUUUGUGCCACCACGGCAGGAGAACGAGACCUGGUGGCUGUGUAACUGUACCAUGGCCGUGUGCAAGCAUGACAACACAGUGGAGAUUUUUGAGAAGGUGUGCGACCCACCCCCCAAGCCAGUGUGCAGCAACGGCCUCAACCCCGUGUGGGUCCUGGACCCCGAUGGCUGCUGUGGCCACUGGGAGUGUGACUGUUACUGUACCGGCUGGGGAGACCCCCACUACACCACCUUUGACGGGCUGUACUACAGCUACCAGGGAAACUGCACCUAUGUGCUUGUGGAAGAGAUCUCUCCCACUGUGGACAAUUUUGGCAUUUACAUCGACAACUACCACUGUGACGUCAAUGACAAGGUGUCCUGCCCACGCACCCUCAUCGUGAGGCACGAGACCCAGGAGGUUCUCAUCAAGACCAUCAACAUGGCCCCCAUGAAGGUCCAGGUGCUGGUGAACAAGCAGGCCGUAGCACUGCCUUAUCGGAAGUACGGCCUCGAGGUCUAUGAGGCCGGCAUUAAUUACGUGGUGGAAAUCCGGGAGCUCGGCGUCCUGGUGUCCUACAACGGCCUUUCCUUUUCCAUCAAGAUGCCUUUCAACAAAUUUGGCAACAACACCAAAGGCCAGUGUGGCACCUGCACCAACAACACAGCCGAUGACUGCAUGCUGCCCAGUGGAGAGGUCAUCUCCGACUGCGAGAUCAUGGCCGAUGAGUGGGUGGUCAAUGACCCCUCGAAACCGCACUGCCCCCACUCCAGCUUCACCACCAAAGCUCCCUCCGUUACCAAGCCCGGCAUGGCGACCCCUCUCCCAGGCUGUAACCCCUCGCCUCUCUGUGAGCUCAUCAAGGGCAGUCUGUUUGCUGAGUGCCACAAAUAUGCCCCACCCCAGCACUACUACGAUGCCUGCAUCUUUGACAGCUGCUUCGUGCCUGACUCUGGCAUGGAGUGUGCCAGUCUGCAGACCUACGCAGCCCUCUGCGCGCACGAGGGCGUCUGCGUUAACUGGCGAGAGCACACCGGCGGGCUCUGCGCGGUGACGUGUCCAGCCCACCGGGAGUACAAGGCUUGUGGACCUGCCAAGGAGCCAACCUGCCAGUCCAGCCCGGAUGAGCCCUCGGACAACCGGACCAUGGAAGGCUGCUUCUGUCCUGAGGGCACCAUCACCUUUGCCCCCGGCGUCGACGUCUGUGUGCAGACCUGUGGCUGUGUGGGACCGGACAACGUGCCCAGAGAGUUUGGGGAGCGCUUCGAGUUUGACUGCAAGAACUGUAUCUGCCUGGAGGGAGGCAGCGGCAUUGUGUGCGAGGAGAAACACUGUGCCCAGACAGAGCCUCAGCAGUGCCUAGAGGAGGGCACGUACCCGGUCAUCGAGGUGGACCCCAUCGACACCUGCUGCAACCGGACCUACUGCAAGUGCAACACGAGCCUGUGCAGAACCGAGCUGCCCGAGUGUAAGCUGGGAUUCGAGUUAAAGACCCAGAUCGUCCCUGGCAAGUGCUGCCCCGUCCACACCUGCGAGGCCAAGGGCGUUUGCGUCCUGGAUGGAGCUGAAUACAAGCCCGGCUCUCCAGUGUACUCCGAUAAAUGCCAGGAGUGUGUUUGCACAGAGAGGGUCAACUCCUCCACUCAGCUGAACAUCAUCUCCUGCAACCACGUGCCCUGCAACAUCUCCUGCAAGCCCGGCUUUGAACUCGUGAAGGUGCCAGGCCAAUGCUGCCCCAAGUGCGAGCAGACCCACUGUGUGAUGCACCAGACUGGCAGCCUCAUGCUUCUCAAGCCUGGUGAGAUGAAGAAGGACCCUCAGGACAACUGCACCAUCUAUAGCUGUGUGAAGCUCCAGGACCAGUUCAUCUCCUCUGUCUCCGAAAUCACUUGUCCUGACCUGGACUUGGGCUCCUGCCAGCCUGGCACAAUUAAGCUGAUGGAUAACGGCUGUUGCAAGACAUGCACGUACCGCAACGAGACCAGGAUGCCCUGCUCCACCGUGCCCAGCCGGGAGGUGAUUUCUGUGGGGAAAUGUAGGAAGGAAAUGCUGAUCAAUCACUGCGCCGGAGCCUGUGGAACGUUUGCCAGGUACUCGGAAGAGGCGCAGAGCAUGGACCACCGCUGCUCCUGCUGCAAGGAGAUGAAGACCAGCCGGAGGGUGGUGGACCUGGACUGCGAGGGAGGGGGCUCGCUGGCCCACGAGUUCACCUACAUCGAGAGCUGCGGGUGCCAGGACACCGUCUGCGACGUCCCCCUGACGAGGGGCAAGAAGGGCCCCCAGAGCCGCUCGCGCCGGGCCCUGCCGCGGUCCAGGAGCUGAGCGCCGCCCACCCCCGCCCUCUGCCGGCCCCGAAUCUCGGGCUCUCUCAGCUGUCCCUUCCACUGCUUACAAGAGAUAUUUAUUUUCUGUGGAGACUGAUCUUGUCCAACUCUUUUUACUCUUGAUUAAUAAAACUGUGCAGAGA